UAUUUGUAAUACCAUCCAUGAUUUUACUAUUGCCUAUCUGAAAUGGAAACCUAUUUUGGAUCGUUAAUUGUAUUAUUGUUUUUGAGGAUACCACUUAUCUACACAAAUAUUACGGACUCUAACGUAGUUACCCAUGAGAAGCAUAGCACAACUCUACAGAUCAGUACACCUGCAUCAAGUGACUCAGUCACAAAGAAAUGUGACUACCCACCAUGUAAAAAUGGAGUGGAACAUACCAUGUGCUUAUAUCCGGAGACUAUGGACAAAACAGCGCCCAAGUGUUCGUCUGUGGAAGCAAAAUUCGGCGUAACCGACGAACACAGAAAGGUCAUUCUUGAAAGUCACAAUUUAAUAAGGCAAAAGAUUGCUCGGGGGAAGGAGAAAGGACAACCGGGAGCGGCAGAUAUGAUGAAACUGAAAUGGGACAUGGAGCUUGAGAAUAUCGCGCAGAGGUUGGUCAAUAAUUGUGAAAAGUCCAACUACAAUGAUGAUGAGUGUAGGAACCUCAAGGAUGGAACUGAGGUUGGUCAAAACAGUAUCAAGGUACUGGACGAGGGAGCUAAUGCAACCAAGCUGUUUUUAAAAAUAGUGAUAUUUUGGUACAAGAAGGUGAGCGAGGUGACACCAGAGACUGUACGGAAAUACAACGUCGACCCGAGGGUAGAGACAUACACUCAGUUGGUGUGGGCGAAGACAGACCGUGUGGGAUGUGGAUACGUAGAGCAGAACAAGAUAGACGAUGACUACCAACCGGUGCUAAUGGCAUGUAACUACGCAAUUGCCGGGAACACGCCGGGCCAACCAGUAUAUUUGGAGGGAGAUUACUGUACCAGGUGUCCUGAAGGAACCAGCUGUAGCUUUCAAUACCCGGGCUUGUGUACUUCGGAGGUUGAUGACUUUGGAGGAAUCCUAGUCAGUAACAAAAGAAACACCUUUGUAGCUUUGGUGAUUUGGAAACUUGCUGUAGGACAUGUUUUGAUUGUUUAGGGAAAUCUUGGUUUUAUUGUAUGGAUAGAUUGCGUACUGUAAGAUUAAAGACAUAU